CCCGCCCCCACAGGAAAGAAAAGAGCGAAUCAGGUGACGCGAGCCCCAGAGGUUCUGGAGGCCGAAGUCUGCGGGCCGCAGUCUGAGCGCCACGGUGGGAUCCAGCAUAUAAAGUUGAUAAGAGCAGAGCAUAUUUGAGCAGGUUCUGAGGCGCUGAGUCUAAAGCAAUGCUUCUGAAGAUAGUGCUCUUGCUGGCCCUGGUGGCCCAGGUGCUGGUGCUGGAUAACGGGCUCCUGCGGACACCCCCCAUGGGCUGGCUGUCCUGGGAACGCUUCCGUUGUAACAUAGACUGUGACGAGGACCCAAAGAACUGCAUCAGUGAGCGCCUCAUCAUGGAGAUGGCUGACCGGCUGGCAAAGGACGGAUGGCGGGACCUGGGCUAUGUCUACCUCAACAUCGAUGACUGCUGGAUUGGUGGGCGCGAUGCCAAAGGCUGCCUGAUGCCUGAUUCCAAGCGUUUCCCCCAUGGCAUUGCCUUCCUGGCUGACUAUGCUCACUCCCUGGGCCUGAAGCUGGGCAUCUAUGAGGACAUGGGCAACUUAACCUGCAUGGGUUACCCGGGCACCACACUAGACAGAGUGGAGCAGGAUGCCCAAACCUUCGCCGAGUGGAAGGUGGACAUGCUCAAGCUAGAUGGCUGCUUCUCAACCGCAGAGGAUCGGGCCAAAGGGUACCCCAUGAUGGCUGCUGCACUAAAUGCCACGGGCCGCCCCAUCGCCUUCUCCUGCAGCUGGCCAGCCUACGAAGGAGGCCUUCCCCCCAAGGUGAACUACAGUCUGCUGGCUGACAUCUGCAACCUGUGGCGUAACUAUGAUGACAUCCAGGACUCCUGGAAGGACGUGCUGUCUAUCCUGGACUGGUUUGUGCUCCACCAGGACGUUCUGCAGCCGGUCGCCGGCCCUGGGCACUGGAAUGACCCAGACAUGCUGAUCAUUGGGAACUUUGGCCUCAGCUUUGAGCAAGCCCGGGCCCAGAUGGCCCUGUGGACGGUGCUGGCGGCCCCCCUCUUCAUGUCCACAGACCUGCGUACCAUCUCCCCCCAGAAUGUGGACAUUCUGCAGAAUUCACUCAUGAUCAAAAUCAACCAGGAUCCCUUAGGCAUCCAGGGACGCAGGAUCCUUAAGGAAAAAUCCAAAAUUGAAGUGUUCAGACGGCCCCUGUCUGAUGAGGCCAGUGCCCUGGUGUUCUUCAGCCGCAGGACAGACAUGCCUUACCGCUACCGCUCGUCCCUGGGCCAGCUGCAGUUCCCCAGGUCAAGAGUGUAUGAGGCCCAAGAUGUCUUCUCGGGUGAAAUCAUUACAGACCUCCGGGAUGAAACCAACCUCACAGUGAUCAUCAACCCUUCGGGGGUGGUGAUGUGGUACGUGUAUCCCAUCAAGAGCCUGAAGAUACCCAAGCAGAGGUCCCAGCAGUGAGGAGACAUGGCAGAUGACAG